AUGGUUUCCCGUGGAAAGAACGGUUCUGUGUUUGGUGCCCUAGCCCCUAGCAGAGAAAGAGACCAAGCUAUGCUUGAAGACACAGAGAACAUUGAGAAAACAUUCACACAGUCUGGUAUGAACUAUGAUGUCUUCAAGAUUCGGGACAAAACAAGUGUAGAUUUAAUGGUGGAACUGACCGGGUAUGCGGAGUUGGCAAAUGGCAACAAUCACUAUCAAUCGUUCGCCAUAUUUGUUCUUUCACAUGGAGACAAGGGGCAAAUACUUGCAGCAGACGGACAACCCAUUGCAAUGUCCACCAUUGCGAAUACCUUCAGUACGGAGCAACAUCCGAAUCUGGAUGGGAAACCGCGGGUGGUAAUCUUCCAGGCAUGUCUGGGUAAUAAAAAACCAGAAUUUACCACCGGGACAUUAAAAGAUGAUCUCCUUAAGGCAUGUGAUGAAGGGAAUGAUGAAGAAAAUGUCAAACAACUUAAGAGUACAAAAGAGGUCGAAAGCGAUCAUUUUACAGAUCCGAUUCAAUACAUCGAUCCAAUUACUGACGAACAUUCCAUUCCUUCGGCCGAUGGACCGGAUUUUGUUUUUGGAUUUGCCACUCUCCCCGGUUGCACGGCCAUAAGAACCCCAGAAGGAUCUCCGUUCAUCAAGCUGCUCAUGGAUGAAAUACGAUCCGACAUAAAAUAUGGACACCCGAUCAGAAAAAGCGUGAUAGAGAUGCUUCAGACUGUUAACGAUCGCAUGUUGCAAGACCACUGCAUAUGUAUUCAAAUGUCAACCAAUAUUUCGGACUUUGAGAGGCAUCCUAGUAUCCCCAAAUGA